AUGCAGAGGCCCGUGUGGAGUCUCCCUCUGAGCUCUGGGGUCAUCUCCAAACUGAACAGGAGAGGGUUCCAGUGCACGGCCGACCUAGAACACCUCUCAGCGGACCAGCUCAUCACUGAGACUGGUGUAACAGAGCAGGAGGCCUCAGAAGUGUUGGAGCUUGUGAACCCUCAGCGCUGCCCUGUCUCCAUCACUGCACUAGAGCUUCUGCACAGAGAGGCGGAGCUGAGGCCCAUCGUGACCUUCUGUUCAGAGCUGGACCAGGCUCUGGGAGGGGGAAUAGCUCUUGGGAAGACCACAGAGGUUUGUGGAGUACCAGGAAUCGGCAAAACACAGCUCUGCCUGCAGCUGGCGGUGGACGUGCAGAUCCCAGAAUGCUUUGGGGGUCUGGGGGCUCAGUGCCUGUUCAUCGACACAGAGGGAACCUUCUUUAUACAGAGAUUUAGACAAAUUGCUGCUGCUGUUGUCAGACACUGUUCAUUGAUCACAGAAAACCAAGAGCAGCAAGAAGCCAUGAAGACUUUCACUGUGGAGAACAUCCUCUCCAACCUGUUUGUGGUGUGUUGUGACGACUCUAUGGAGUUGCUAUCUCAGAUCUCGAACAUGCCAGCGUUCCUCUCUGACCACCCUAAAGUCCGCCUGAUCAUCAUAGACAGCAUCGCCUUCCCUUUCCGCCUCCACACUGAGGACCCGCCUCUCAGAACCCGCAUCCUCCUCAGCUCCGCCCACCAGCUCCUCGCCCUGGCAACACACAACAAUGCCGCUGUGGUGAUGACCAAUCAGAUGACCACGCGAGUCCUGGCCAAGGGGUCCCGGCUCGUCCCCGCGCUCGGUGAAAGCUGGGGACACGCCGCAACUGUUCGGAUCCUGCUCCAGUGGACGGACUUCAAAAGAGCCGCAACUCUACUUAAAUCACCAAGUCACAUGAACGCCACCGUCCGAUAUCAGAUUAACACAGACGGAUUCAGGGACCUGGGGGAGCAGCGCAAAAGGGCUAGGCUAGAGACUGAUGAACAGAAAGCAGAUUAA